AUGAACGAACUGAUAAAGAUCACUGAAACACCACCUCAGUCAACACCGACCAACUCAUCGGAGAACUCAAACGAGACAUUCUCAUCGGACCACAUCACCAACAGCUCAAUGUACACAGGUUUCUUGGACUCCGCGUGGCCAACGCACUCCUGGGCCCUUUGCUUCCUGAUAGCCCUGAAAGUGACCGUAAUGGCGUUAAUAAUCAUAGCAGCACUAUUCGGUAACCUGCUGGUUAUCGUCUCCGUGAUGAGACAUAGGAAACUACGGGUAAUAACGAACUACUUCGUAGUGAGCUUAGCCUUAGCGGACAUGCUGGUAGCCAUUUGGGCUAUGUGCUUCAACUUUAGUGUAGAACUUACCGGCGGUAGGUGGAUUUUCGGGUACUUUAUGUGCGACGUGUGGAACUCUCUGGACGUGUACUUUUCAACGGCAUCAAUCCUUCAUCUGUGCUGCAUCAGCGUGGACAGGUACUACGCCAUAGUCCAACCCUUGGACUACCCCUUAAUCAUGACAAAUGCUCGGCUGGUGUUGAUGCUCGCGGUAGUGUGGUGUAGUCCCGCGUUACUGUCGUUCCUUCCUAUCUUCAUGGGAUGGUAUACGACCUUUGACCAUUUGGAUUUUCGGAAGAAGAAUCCGGAAAUCUGUGUGUUUACGGUGAAUCGACCAUACUCCGUAAUUUCCUCGAGUGUCAGUUUCUGGGUACCGGGAAUGGUAAUGAUCUUCAUGUACUACAGGAUAUACGUCGAGGCGGACAGACAGGAAAGGAUGUUAUACAGGUAA